ACUUCAUUUUGUUUCCUAACCUUCCCAUGGAGGGCUAUUUAUACACAACUACAAGCCCAUGCGGACCCAGCAUCCAUUUCUUUGCUCCAACUUUCAGAAACUGAAGCAAAAUAUCUACCUCUGGAUUUUCUCUCUAGCAAGCACAGUACCGAAUUGCUAUAGCCAGGAGUACUUGAUAGUGCAACAUGGGGAGGGCACCUUGCUGUGAAAAAAACGGGCUAAAGAAAGGGCCGUGGACACCAGAUGAGGAUCAGAAGCUGAUUGAUUACAUACAAAAACAUGGCUAUGGCAACUGGAGAACACUUCCAAAGAAUGCUGAGGUGUGGAAAGAGUUGUCGUCUUCGUUGGACUAACUAUUUGAGGCCUGAUAUCAAGAGAGGUCGAUUUUCUUUCGAGGAAGAAGAGACAAUAAUUCAGCUACAUGGUAUUUUGGGAAACAAGUGGUCUGCCAUUGCUGCUCGACUGCCUGGAAGAACCGACAACGAAAUCAAGAACUACUGGAACACACACAUCAGGAAAAGGCUUCUGAGAAUGGGAAUUGAUCCAGUGACUCAUAGUCCAAGGCUUGAUCUUUUAGACCUCUCCUCAAUCCUCAACUCGCCUCUUUACGACUCCUCCAGGAUGAACAUGUCAAGAAUUCUUGGGGUUCAACCUCUAGGCGACCCAGAACUCUUAAGGCUAGCCACAUCUCUCUUAUCUUCUCAACGUGACCAAACCCAAGAUUUUGCUUUCCAAAAUGGUCAUCAAGAAAACCAUCUUUCCAGCCCACAAGUCCAACAAAGCCAGCACCAAUCGAUAAUUCAUCAAGCUAACCAGUUUCAAAUCCCAGGUCAAGAAAUGCCUACGUGCACUACAUUGACUACCACCCCUUGUGUUACAUUUUCUAAUGAAGCACAGCAAAUGGACCCCAACGUAGACCAAUACCAAUUAAGCACUAUUACCAGCUUUAGCUCUCCAAAUUCUCAGUUAAGCACACAUGAUCAGUGGCAAAGCAACAGGAUGGGCUCGAAUUUAUCACAAGAUUAUUAUCUGCCUGCAGUAUCAAGUUACAACAGCGCCGACAACUGCCAUGGGACUGAUCUUGUAGACCCUUCUUCUGAGGCCUCAACUUUUAUUUCCAAUAACAGCAACCAAACCUUUGGUUUUGCUUCAGUUUUAUCAACUCCUUCCUCAAGUCCAGCGCCAUUGAACUCCAAUUCAACAUACAUCAAUUGCAGCAGCACUGAAGAUGAGAGGGAUAGCUAUUGCAGCAACAUCUUGAAAUUCGAAAUCCCAGAUAUUUUAGAUGUCAGUAACUUCAUGUAAUGUAUUAGGAAUUAAUGAGGUUGAUCAAACAGUUUCUUCUUUCUCAAUUUUCGAUUUCCCAUCCAAAUUUCUUGGCUUAAUACGAUGUUAAACUUUAUUCAUGUAAUUAACUUAUUAAUUAAUUACAGUAUCAGAAAACAAGCUAGCUUUAUAGCUCAUGUUUUCUUUUAAUUUU